ACUGUUGCGGGCGAUGGGUAGCCGAUGCACUACUCAGUGUGGCAGUCGCCCUUGUCCGCGCACGGCGAAAAGUGGGCUUAGCGCCAGCGCUCAGGGUUUUACCAGGAUGACAUGGAACGCCCGGCUAUCGUGGCACCAGCGAGCAAUUAUCUGGGUGCUGCGUCAGGGAGUGAUUCCACGUCACGCUGCUAUAGUGCCAGACGGAAGUCGACGCUACGUCAAGAGCACUGGCAUAGGACUGGGCUCCGCUUACGAUAUCAUGCUUCAAAAGAUAGCACUGAUAUCUAUAUACAUGGAGGCUGUCGGAGUCGAGGAAGUCUCUUAUUUCGUUUUUAGCACUCGCAACUUCCUCCGCGACACCUCGGAGAUCAACGCCGUUUUGUCUGCGGCGGUCCGGUUCUGCAAGGCAACACUCAGCAGCUUAGAUUCACUCCAGCGCAGGCACCUGCGUGUUAGCGUCCUGGGUGACGUGGACCUUCUUCCUAGACAGCUGCAAUCUAAUAUGGCGCAGGUUGAAAUCGCCACUUCUAACGGAAGCCGAAAACACACAUGUCGCUUGUGCACAGCUUACAGCAGCAAACUGAGCAUGAACAGUACCGUGCUACAUAUGGCAAAUGCUGUGAGAGCAGGCGUCAUCAAAUCUGAUGACGUCACAGCGGAACUCAUCUGGGAUUUGUUUGCGCAAACCGAGGCUUGCGAGACGGAUCUGUGGUAUCGAAGCUCCGGCAAGCAAUGCCUUAUUGAACUCCUGGUCCUGCAAAGUGGAUACUCCUACAUGCACAUAGGACCCCAACUGUGGCCUGCAACAGGAUUUUGGGAGUUUGUCUCGGCAAUACUGCAAUUCCAGCUUUACUGGCCUUACAUUCAGGCUGUCAAGGAGAGACACCGAAAAUUGGAUGACCCAUCCACUGAUAUGGAUCCUGCGAUAACUAUUCGCCAACGCAUGUUUCUAAGCAGCGUAAAGUUAUGGAGGAUGACGUACAUUGGUAAAUUCUGCUCCAGGAAAGUGCUUGAGGAGAAUGGCUGCUUUCCGAAGAACCACCUGUGAAAUGUUUAUACCAAGCAAGUGUUCCUGAACGCCAGUCCUGUGAACGCCAAGAUUAUUCAAAGCUCAAUGUUCCAAGGCCAAUAUGUGUAACAUUUCCUCAACUUACUUGCGCAUGUGCCCUUUAUUCUUAGCCAGCCAGAAUAAUCAAGGUAGAUACGCUUCUUUAUUAUGAGGAACGACGUCGAGUCCCAACAAAUUAAAUAUUUUCAACAAGGGCGAUAGCCAUAACGACUACAAUAGCGGCUGCUUGACAAAAAUUCCUCAUUCUUUUCCAAUUUGUGACUGUCGUGUAAACCGGAUACAUGUUUUUAAAUGUGCAAUAGUGCACAGUGGUGAGUUAACCCUUCAUGUGUAUAUGAUUCCUUUUUCAAUCACAUCAUUUAGAUGGCUCUAAAUUGCAUACACUUUUUUAACAGAGCAUUUACAAUAAAAAAGUGCGUGCUUUUAUUGGCGCUUGCUGCUAACGCUGUGCUAGUCAAGCCAAGUGCUGUCAUCUGUACAUAAUGCAAGACAUUUCCUUUCGCAGGCUAUAUAUGUCCGCGCUCCUACUCGCGCUAUUUACAAAAUUAUCUGAAAAAAAAAACAUAUUUCCCAGUUUUGCUCUUAUUUAUCUGUGUACAAGGAGAUAUUGAUGCCUGCAUACGGCGUCUGCUGCUUCUCUUUCCUUUAUUGACACGUCAACGCAAAAACAAAUUUGAAUUUCCGUCAUGGCAUACAUUCAAGUACAUUAUGACAACAUAUGCGAAGUUAAUGCACAGAUAAAUAUAUUCUGGUCAUAUCAUUUUUAUUGGACCCUAAAAGACGUAAACGAAGAAUGUUUGUGCUAUGAAAAGAAACCUUGUUCAUGAACAGCUGCUAUGAAAAGACAUUGCCAAAUUGUAAUCAGUUUUCCUUGCUGGAUAUAUUUCGGGAAUGCAUGAGAAGCAUCGUUACACGCAUAAGCUUUGUGUAGAUCUCUUCGUGGCUUCCUUGUACGUUGUGAUAUUACGACGUAGCAGUGAUGAUUCAGAAAGUAACAAUGUCAAAAACGGGAAUUACCAAUUUAACGUUUUAUUGGGCGAACUCAUUCCCAGCAAAACAAGCAACAAUUAAUCCCAGCCAUAGCGACGGGCACAGUCGACGAUCGCCGAAAAACUGAUUUGGGGCCAAGCGCGUCGGCAUUUAUACAAGAGUCAUCAAAGGACCCAGAGUAAUCGCUGGAGCCCGCGUGUCGUACAGAAAGUACUACGCAAUUCGCGUAACGCAUACAAUCAGGUUACACCAGGCUCGGUUACAACCUACAGCGGAUAGAACCAUCGAUAACAUUUGAGAAACUUUCCAUACUGCCUGCGCAUCCUGCGCUCAGCCAUAGCGUUUAGCAUUUCUUAGCAGGUUAAAGGCGGUCACCCGACAAAGCUCAACUAAUACGCGCACCAGUGCCCCCUCUUGAAAAGCAUCGUCCGGAUGCUUCCAAUGAAUACGAAGGCGAAAGCAAAACCACGCAAAAUAAAGAAAGAGCAACAACAAAGCAACAAAGUUCCUAAUUUCG